UGUAUGACUGAAUGUUAAUGUUAUAGGACCGAUACAGCAACUGCCUGCAGAAUAUAGACAUGUCCUCCACACCAUCCUUGGAAACGAUAAGCAUUUUCCAUGACGUAGCUUAACCAGAGAUGACUAUAGACUUCUUUGGGUUAAUUUUCCUGGGCCUCGGGCCCGGAAUUGCAUUUUUCUUAGUGGUGCUUGCUCGCAAGUCCUUCCUAGUGCUUCUUUCGCUCUUUAGUGCCUUCCUAUGGCUCGUGGUAUUGCUAAUCAUAUCGGCCAUCUUUCGAGGGUUUGUCCCACUGGACCCAGAGCAGGGGCCCUAUGCGGGUCUGCUCAUAGCAUCCGUGGCUAUUGAGGAGGCAGUUCGAUAUGGUGUAUGGCGUCUGCACCGUAAGACGCUGGAGCCCCUGGAGUCCAUGGCGCGUUCCUCGGGCCGCCGCUUCGCCCUGCUGGACAAGCUCUACAUGGCCCUGGCGUGGGGCUACGGUCACUCCGCUAGCCACGCGGUCUUCUUCUUCCUGUCCUUCCUGCCGCUGACGGUCAGCGACGGGACAUACUACAACCCCGCUUGCCCACAGAUGUCCAUUUUCCUGGUGGGCGCGCUGUACUCUCUCUCCUUUGGUCUGAUCCUGACAAGCCUCAUGGUGAUUGCGUUUGACGGGUACAUGGAGCGCCGCAUCGCGCACAUCGCGGCGGCACCGCUGCUGCACCUGGGGGCGUCGUGCCUGACCCUGCUCAAUUUCAAGAAGAACGGGUGCGUGGUAUCCAUGCCCGUUCUUGUGGGCCUUGGCCUGCUCCUCGUCCUUUACACCAUCGGGAUUAGCUGGCGGAAGGCCGUGCGAUGAACUUUAAGAUUCAAAAUGACUUGACUACGUCGUCCAGCAGCCUGGCAGAGGGUUCUUGUUCUAUUUAGGCAGGGAUGGAAAGCGACCCUGUCCAAGACAACGUGCACCGUGGACAGGAUACGUGGCCAAGUGUUACUUCGAUAUUGAGCCUAUGUUCGUGCCUAGGUUCGUGGCCAAGAGUUACUUCGAUAUCGUGCCUUCAACCGUCGAUGUCGUACUUUCUGGGAAGGUUUUGACUACACUGUUUUAAGUUAUUAUGAAGUACAUAGCCGUAUGCUUCAGCUGCUGCGGUGGCUUGUAUUGUGGCUGCGUUUCCAAUUUCCCGCUUUAGGUCCAUGCAUCAACCGUUAGCAGAUCACUUGAUGUAGUGAUAGGGCUCUGUUACACCUUCGGACAAAUUUGUAAAUAUCCUGCUGCUG